GUCAGUGCAUGUGCAUCAGACUUGCUGGUUCUUUCCCCUUUGCUUCUGGAGUUCUAAUGAGAAAUUAAGCCCUCUGCGUGUUCAAGAGCAAUGGUGAAUUUACACGUGACCUGAGAAUUUCUUUGUUCUUGUACAUUCAAAUUCCUUGCUAUAAUUUUGUAUCCUUCAGAGCUGCUGAAUUGGCCUGGCUUUAUCUAGAGCAGUGGCUUUACUGAGUCUUGAACUAGUUCAAAUGUGUAAAACAUGUUUCUUGAGCUUGUACUGGGGGCUUCCUGGCAGGGGAGACAUUGCUUGUGCUGCUUUGUUUGUCUUGGGUUGAAAAAGGGUCUUUCCUCUGUGCUGUGCUUGGCAGAGGCUCUCGGCUAGGGCAGCUCUGGUGCUGCGGCAGUGGGAGAAGCACUGAGAUGCCAAGAUGGUGGGCUCGGCAGGGCCACAGCUCUGCUCCACUAGGAGCCAAGCUGGGCACACGAGUGGCUCUGACGCGGCAGCUGCUGUGUUGCUGGUGCCCCAUUGCUUUUAGGAAUUCUCCAUAAUGUUUGCCUUUGACCUUACACAUAUUGGAAGAAAAGGAUGUGGGAAAGGGGCUUUAAAGCUGUGUGUGUGUAUCUGACACCAGCACCUGAUGCUGUUAUGCUUUCAUUUUUACCUUUUUAAACAAAAGCUCUGUGUUUGUCUUGUUCCUUUCUCUAUAGCCAGGGAGAAAGGGACUUUGAGUCUUUCUCUCUUUUUCUUAUGAAAAACAUAAGCCCUUUUUAACAGCUUGACUGCAGAUAGAGGUCACUGGACAGUUUUCCAGAUAAAUUCCCUUUUGUUGCAGUUGGAAUUUGAAACUCGCAGGAGCUAGCUCUUUGCUUAACAGUCCUGUGAAGAUAUAUACAAUCAUUUUCCUUAGAAAUCAAACUGUACUUUUGGCUGUGGACUGCCCUUUGGUGAUGCUUUGGUGGGAGAGGUUUCACAGAGAGUGAAAGGAAGCAGCUAGGCUGCUGGGCUCGAAGGGGGCUUGCUGCCCGCCUUGUGCAGCACAGCGGGUGCCUGGCUGCCCUCCCCUUGCUGCCAUGCUGGAGUGGCUUUGCAGGCAGGGUCUUGACAGUGGUGAUGAAUCCCUUCCCUGCUAGGCAGGGCAGCGGGUGCUGCAGGACCUCAUGUGCUGCCAGUGCUUGCCAUCCCUUCAAUAAGGACCUGGAACCGAAGCUUUCGUCUCUCCGCCCUCUGGAGACCUGGACAGACACCUGGGCAGGCUCAGCGUAUUAUGAUAAUGUCCGUCCCUUGGCCUACCCGGACUCAGAUGCAGUGCUCAUUUGCUUUGACAUCAGCCGCCCAGAGACCCUCGACAGUGUGCUUAAGAAGUGGCAAGGGGAAACUCAGGAAUUCUGCCCCAAUGCGAAGAUUGUGCUGGUUGGCUGCAAGCUGGACAUGCGGACAGACCUCAACACGCUCCGGGAGCUUUCCAAGCAGCGCCUCAUCCCUGUUACGCAUGAGCAGGGCAGCGCAUUGGCGCGGCAGAUUGGGGCAGUGGCCUAUGCAGAAUGCUCCUCCAAGGUCUCAGAAAACAGCGUGCGUGAUGUUUUUCAUGUAACUACACUUGCCUCGGUGAACAGGGUACACAAGAACUUGAAGCGCAGCAACUCUAAACGGGGACUGAAGCGGGCAUCACAGAUGCCUGGCAGAACGGACUUAAUGAAUGACACGGAGAUCAGGAAAGACCGAGCCAAGAGCUGCUCCAUCAUGUGAAAAACAGACUGUAAAUAAUGUGUGUGUAUUGUCCAUUUUGUACAGUAACUGGCCCAGACAAGGGCAUGGUGCUGGCUACAGGGCCAGCCUGCCUUUCCAAAGCCUUUCUCAGUCUUUUGGGCUGAGCAAAGGUCCUAGCUGCAAACCAGGGUGCAUGAGCCACCCCCUUACCAUGGAGACCUCUGGAUUGGCUGUUGCUGUGCUGAUUGCUUGGGGUAAAGGAACCACUUGGCAGAGGAGUAUUCAGGUGCUGGAAAGUCUGUGAUUCGAUGAACAAAGCAAAACAGAGUGAUCUUGGGUGUGUGUCACUCACCUGCACAUGUGGCCCAGGCUCCAUGCCUACGUGCACAGCAUGGGGCAGUGGGCUGUGUGGGAUCUGGAGUGGAGGGUGGGGAGUGGGAGGAACUGUUAACAGCAGAGUGUGUUCAGGGGAAGGUGCUAUUGCAAUCAUUCUUUAGAGGAGAGGUAAUGUUUGUGUCAGUGCUGCCUUCAGCUAGGCUGGAUGGUGGGUCACCGGGGAAGGUGCAGGUCUGGGCCGGAGCUGGAAGAGAAGGCACCCUUGGAAGGAAUCUUAACCUGAUGAAAUACCAUGGUAGUCUGCCCCCUACAAAGGAAAUCAGUAUAGUGUUCUUUUUGAGUUAUUUUAGAUACUUGAACAUUGGUGAAAUGUAGUGGGGUGGAUCUGGCUCCAGGGGAGAGGUCUAUCCCAGCAGAGGCAUCCUGAGAAUUGUGGUUCCCUUCAGCAAGCAAAUGUUCCUUGGGAGCUUGUGUCCCAGCUGCUGACAGCCUGGUUAGUCACCGAACUGCUCCUGCCAUAGGCAGCUGCACUUCCGAGGCACAUUGCUUCCGAAAAAGCAGACUGCAAUAACUAUCCAUAUCCUGUUCUCCACCCAUUUCCAGCUGCAGAUUGUGUUGCAUGGUGCUGUGUUUGUCUGGUUCAGAUAACCAAAAAGAUUGUAUGUGCAUCUGCACCUUGUCUCCACUAUGGCAGUGGGAGGGAUGGUGCUUCCUGCUCUUCUUGCCAUGCUGCCAACACCUCUCAUUGCUUCUGCUGCUGCCCUCUCUAAUGCCUUUGACUACAGUGUUAGCCUUGACUUGAUGUCACAUAGACACUUUAAGAAAAGAAGAAAAAAAAAUCUGCUCCAUUGCCAGAUUCAGCUGUGUCAGUGGGCUACAAGAAAUAAAUAAACAUCACUGCAAAAUGCAAA